AUGGUCCAAAUUAUUUUCUAUUUCAAGUUGUUUAUUAUUAUUUUUGACAGGAAUAAUUUAUUUUUUAUUAAUGAAUAGUGUACUUUAUCCUAUUUUAAAAUAUAUAAUGAUAAAAUGCAAUAAUAAUAAUUUUGCGAAUGUAAACGAAAUUUCAUUUUCAAAAAUUUCUAUUUAAUAUCAAAGUAUGAUUUUAAUAAUCCCUUGUUUUAUUGUUUUCUCUCAAAAAAAUUUAACUAUAAUUAUGAAGCUUUCCAAAAUUGGGGCAUUUGCAAUUUUUAGUUAUGGAAUUUUUAUUUUUUAUAUUUUUAUUGA